AUGGCUAUGAUGUCAAAUCGCUUUGAAGAUAUAAGUGAGAUCAUUGAUUAUGUUAUUGGUUCAGAGAGUGAGUUGAGUGAUUUAUCUAGUGAUGAUGAAGUAGAUGAAUGGCAACCACCUGGUGAUGACAGCCAAGUUGCCAAACAACAUGAUGAUAACAUGGAUAUCCCGGCUACCAUUCCUGAUGAUGAGGGUACAAGCAUUAAUCAUCGUGCUACAGUUUCUGAAGAAGUGCCCCAUGGCUCAACUGCAAGAAGAAAAGAAAAACCAAAAAAUUUAUAUAAGUUUGACAAGCGAAGAGCAUUUGUUCCACCUUCAAACCUUGAAUUCACAGAUGCACCACUUCAACCUGAACCCAAAGAUGACAGUCCCUACAACUACUUCAAAUAUUUUGUGACCAGCAACAUGUUUGAAUAUUUGGCUGAAGAAUCCAAUCAUUAUGCCCAUCAAAAAGCAGGGUUUUCACUACAAGCAUCAGCAUGUGAACUUGAAACAUUUGUGGGUCUGUUUUUUCAUAUGGGAUUGGUGCAAAUGCCUGCUGUUGGUUGCUAUUGGGAAACAUACAUCCAUUAUAAUCCAAUAGCUGAUGUGAUGUCAAGACAGCGGUUUCAAAAGCUUGCUUCCUAUAUGCACAUUGCUAACAACCUAACAGUAACGAAGGAAAAUAAGAAUGAUAAAGUCUGGAAGAUAAGGCAAUGGUGUGAUGAUUUAAAUUCAAACUUUUGA